ACACACACGCACACACACAAACACACACCCACAAAACACUGGUCCCGAGAUUAUGAAACUCAGGAAGUGAUUCAAAAGGGGAAGUAAAAGGAAUCGCACUCCUGAGCGUUUUAUGUCGAUUAUGCUGCCCUUUGUUAAGGGUUUCUCCUUCUAUGGCAUUGCCUCCUGAAACGAAGAAGACACGAAACAACGAAGCCGGUGAUCGCAGUGGGCUUUAUUUCAUGGGGAUGUGUUCAAGGCAGGAGAGAAUACAAAAAGACGUCGACAUCGUUCUGCAGAGGUGCAAGGCAGAGAGAGACUGCCCUUUCUCCGAUUUUAGAUACACUGACUCCACAUUCACAUUCAUCUAUGCAAAAGGAUCUACAAGGGUGACGUAUGCUGUGCAUGUUUCAGAUGAUUAUCCAGACAACACAUACGUAUCAAACUCUGAUAACAACGAUGAUGUUUUAAUCACAACAGAUGCUAUUCCUGUCAUUUUUCAUAGAAUUGCAUCAGAGAUUAGGCCCAAUAUCGACCCUUCUAACAGUCUUUUUGUGAAGUCUAAACUUCCGCCUGAAAAAAACCAGUAUCAUUAUGCCUUAGAAGAAGACUCAGAGGUGACAACGGACUCUGAGGAGUUUUACUAUGGAGGUCAGGUGAACUAUGAUGGUGAACUCCACAAGCAUCCACAGCUUGAGGCAGACCUGCAGGCAGUGAAGGAACUAUAUGGAACCCAUGCAGUGUCUCUCAGGGAAUAUGGUGCCAUUGAUGAUGUGGACAUCGAUCUGCACAUCGAUGUUAGCUUCCUAGACGAAGAGAUUGCACUGGCAUGGGAUGUAGUCAGGAGGGAACCAGUUAUUGUGCGACUCCACUGUUCACUGACACAGUACCUAAAUGGAACCGUCCCAACAGUUGAUGUCUUCCAGGUAUCAACAAAGGAUAGAUUUGGACUGGGACAUCAGCUUAAAAAGAUCAUGCAAACAUUUGUCACCCAGCAGUGGAAGAACCAGACUAAAGAGAAGCUCAACUGCCCACACAGUAAAAAGCUUAAUGACAAGAAGGUCAAGUCUCCACUUCACAUCUUCUCAACUCUUCGCCGAUCUCCCAGCUACCCCCCGCCGGGGUGCAUAAAGAGCAAAAAGAAGCUUAAGCCCGAGCAGGAUGGCGUGUCCAAGUCCCACCGGCUCCUCCGCAGGAGCUGCUCCGGCGCCGUCAAGCAGCAGGCGGAGGUGGACGGCCUCAGCCCCGGACCCGGCAAGUCGGCACACAAGCUCCUGGGCCACCCGCUCCCCGGCAGCCUGCGCAUGGAGCCCGCUCACUCCGGGCCCCUGAAGUCUCACCGCCUUCUGGGGCGUGGUCCCUGUCCCGCAGCCAUCAAGCCUGAGGACUGCCCGGCGGGGCUGCGGCUGGCCCCCGGCAAGCUGUUCCCCCGUUCGUGCUCCGGCGACCCCCACUGCGACGCACCGGGCGGAGGGGUGAGCGUGGGCGGGAUCAGCGGGGGCAUCAGCACGGGGCUGGGGUCAGGGGGGGGUGGGCUGAAGGCACAAAGACUGCUGAGUCGCUCCUGCUCGGGCUCCAUGAAGACGGAGGAGCUGGACGGGCUGAAGCACCACCACCGCCUGCUCAGCCGCUCCUACUCCAGCAGCACCAAGAUGGGGCGAGCGGACAUAUUCAAGGACUCGGUGCCAGAAGUUAGGCGGCUUUCUCUUACCUCAGGGCUCAUCGGUAUCUUGGCCCCCUCACUCGCCAUGCCACCAGCGCCAAACAAUGGUGCCAAAUUGGUACCCAUCGGAGACAAAGGCUUUCUGGUACAGAUAAUGGAGUAUGCGGAGCAAAGGAUUCCAGUGUUGAACGAGUUCUGUGUGGUCUGUGAUGAACCUCAUGUGUUUGAGAACGGGCCAAUGCUCAGGCCGACGGUGUGUGAGCGGGAGCUGUGUGUGUUUGCUUUCCAAACCCUGGGCGUGAUGAACGAAGCUGCAGAUGAGAUAGCUACCGGUGCGCAGGUGGUUGAUCUAUUAGUCUCCAUGUGUCGCUCAGCGCUAGAGUCUCCCAGGAAGGUUGUUAUUUUCGAGCCAUAUCCCUCUGUUGUGGACCCCAAUGAUCCUCAGACCCUAGCCUUCAAUCCAAGGAAGAAGGAUUAUGACCGGGUGAUGCGAGCCCUUGACAGCCUUACAUCCAUCCGAGAGAUGACCCAGGCGCCUUACUUAGAAAUAAAGAAGCAGAUGGACAAGCACGACCCACUGGCACAUCCUCUCCUUCAGUGGGUAAUAUCCAGUAACAGGUCACACAUUGUUAAACUUCCAGUUCCCAGACAACUCAAGUUCAUGCACACACCGCACCAGUUUCUCUUGCUCAGCAGCCCGCCUGCCAAAGAGUCCAACUUUAGAGCAGCCAAGAAUCUCUUUGGGAGCACGUUUGCUUUCCAUGGCUCCCACAUAGAGAACUGGCACUCUAUUCUGAGGAAUGGACUGGUUGUGGCCUCCAACACCAGACUUCAGCUACAUGGUGCCAUCUAUGGGAAUGGAAUAUAUCUCAGUCCUUUAUCAAGCAUAUCCUUUGGUUACUCAGGGAUGAACAAAAGACAACAAAAAGUUAUUUCAAAGGAUGAAAUGGCAGCAAGCAGCAAGACCAACAUCAAUUUGCAGUCACAAAAGAAAGGACAGCAGCCUCAGUUCUUGCAGAGUCGUAAUCUGAAGUGCAUAGCCUUAUGUGAAGUGAUUACUUCUCCUGAACUGCACAAGCAUGGGGACAUCUGGGUCGUUCCCAGCACCGACCAUGUUUGCACAAGGUUUUUCUUUGUCUAUGAAGAUGGACAAGUUGGAGACUCUAGCCUCAACACUCAAGACAAUUGCAUCCACCGCGAGAUCCUCCGUGUGAUUGGUAACCAGACCGCCACAGGAUGAUCCGGCACCCUGCAUCUUUGAGUCCGGACCUGGAGAUAUCCCUUGACCCCACAGUCAACUCCCAGUUGACUUUGAUACAUGUGAACGAGAAAGAAGGGUAUAGGUUAUACUUUUAAAUACAAGGCUUUCACAUUGGAACAUUUCACUUUUCAUUCACAACAGAGCAACUAUGUAGAAUGAAACUCUUUAGGUUUAUGUCACAAUCAACCUUUUUGGUGUUUGGAAGACAAUAACAAUUUCAAAUAAAAUAUUAUUUUGAGAGCUUUGCUUUUCAAAAUAAGUGCUGAAAAGGGUGGUUUGUGUUCAGAAAAUAUGCCACAGUCCAACCUUGUUUACAAAGAGUUGUACUCUUUAAAGUACAAUGUUCUUUAUGUAUAGAAGGUGCUUCGUGCACUGUAUUUUUCUGAUGUAAAAUGUCAAACAAAUCAUGAUCUAGAAAAGAAAAUCCAUUUAAGGUGGCCUUUGUUGGCUGGAUUGGUCGUAAUGCAGAUUGGCUGCAAACAUUCCUGUCAAACAUUUUACAGUCCAUCUAUCAUGUCAACACCUGAAAUGUAGAAUCAAAGUCAAUAAAAGGCAGCAGCCUAUUGUACUGCAUUUUAAACAUUUA